AGUCGUAUUUCGUUGGUCACCGUCCAAUGUUGUGAACUAAUUUGUUAGCGGGUUUUAUUUAUUGUUGUUUCUUGCGGUUUUUUUUUUUUUAUAUUGAUAUUUGACAGAUUGUUGUGCUUAUGGCCUCCCAAUGCAGAUGGCUGCGACGUCGGCUGUUAGCGUUCCUCCUCCUGCCACUGCUGCUGAUGGUACUCUCUACUCUUCACCAGUCGCAUGCGCUGGAAUUCAUGGAUGAGUCAGCGCCUGGCCAGGACGUGGAGGAUGAUGGAGAUUCGGCCGAACUACCGCCGAUUCUACACACAUACUCGAAGGAUACGAUUAGCAACUUCAAUCCGCGUAAAACAGAUGCCCAAUUUCGCGCACAGUGGGAACGGGUGCCACUUCAAAAACAGGAGGUGAUCAAGCGCCGAUAGUUUUUAUCUGCAUAGAGGGCAAACCUACUUUUUUACGAUACCCAUACAUACUAAUUUAAUCACAAGGUCACACUAACCUUAAUUCUAGAGAUUGAUUUUCAUAUUAUUGAGCUUGCACAAACUAAGCGAUACUCUAUGAAUAUAAUCAGCCAUUAAGUUAUAUACUCGAACCGAACCUCGAAACGUGUAAUAGAAAUUAUUGAAUCAAUGAAUCAAAAAUAUGUAUGUUGAUACUUACUAGUAAUCAGUAAUAAUGCAAAAUUAAUAUAGACACAUAAAUAUAUAUAGAACUAAAAUUAA